AGGCACUAUUUCGAAUGGAGACGAUGGGUCUUAACCCGAUCCAUCAGCAUUCUCAGUGCAGCUCUGCAAGAGCAAGACCAUAGCGGUUUCGGCAGUUCUUGCGUAGAGUCCAAAUACGUGAACGUCGCGGUACUUCUUCUUCACAUUUUACGAUCUUCAAUAACAUCGUGCACUUCUAUAUGAUGAAAACAAGGUGACAUGGAAACUUAUUGUGCUCCAAAUGUUAAAAAUCAGAAAUUUAGACACUCUCCUUCCUCCAUCGGAGGGUACUAUAAUGUCCCUCACCCAAGGAACUAUCGCCAAUAUGGGAAUGAUUACUUGCAAGGAAAUUACCAUAGAAGGCCCUUAUCUCCCUACCAAGAAGCACCUCGACCAAGAGACCGAUUAUGUCCCGUAGCCCUAGCCGUAGCCUCUUUCAUAGUUUUAAUAGUAGUAUUAACAGUAGCAGGUUUGGCUCUCUACAUGGGAGCACUCCAUUCUGAAUUUCCUAGCCCUUUAGUAACUUUCAGCUGUAGUAUUAAAGUUCUUCGAGGUGAUCGAUUUGUUGGGGCUUUACAAGAGAAAGCUCAUAGAUAUAGUGUGCAAUUAGAAACAUUAUAUAAAAGGAGUAUCCUUGGACCAGCUUUAAUAGAAUGUAGCGUAGAUAGGUUUGGUGAAGACACUUAUACCAUUUUUUUCAAAUUGACCUUGGAUAGGAAGCGCUUACCAAGAUCCACAACUCCAAUAGAGAAACUAAUUGGAGAUGCCAUAACAGCUGAUUUAAUUUCUAAAAAACCAGUAUUCAAAAAUAUACGGUUUGCACCAGGCAGCCUUCGUAUACAAGAGGUGAACCUUGCAGUGUCUCACAAAGCGAAAGUGCCUCCUCGAAAUGAAACAAGAAAGAAAGCAGGUGUUGUUUUGAAAUCACCUGUUGUAAAAAACAUAUCACUUUCUGUUAGCACCAGUCCAAAGAAAAAAACUGCAUCAGAAACAAAGAAAUCAUCAGCUCAAGGAUCAUUUAAAAUAAGUAAAACUGAAGCUGAUAUAACAGAAAAACAAGACGUUACAACCGGUAGGGCAGUAAGGAUAAAAGUAACAACUGAAGAAGCCAAACCUACUCCGAAGAGAACUACUCCUCCAAUGAAAUUCAAUAAAAUAGCAGCUACCGAAGAAGCGAAAACAACAGAAAAAAUUACUAAGGCUACUGUAGGUGUAAGCAGUGCUACUACAAUCACCACUACAUCUACAACUCCCUCACAAUCUACAUUUAUGAAACUCCCAACUCCUAGUGAAACAGAAGUCCAGCUAUUUCCUUUCAACUCAGAUAUUUUUGAUAAAGAACCUUGGAGACCCUUAUUUGUAAACAGAACUAAAAAUAUAGAACCAAUACAGAAGCACACAAUCAAAAGUGAUAUUAAUAAGAACGAGGAUGUGGUACGUCCAGUUUAUACAAGUUUUACAAAUCCCAGUCUUACAAUUUUCCAAAAAAAAAUUAAUCCCUUGGGAGUGACCAACCUCAAAGGUCAUCCCAUUCCAGUUAAUAAAAUUGUUGACAUUACUGAGCCUACCAUGGUUGCUGUAAAUAAUUACCAUGAGAUGUCUCCAGAACUUCCAAUAAAUCCAACACAAAAUAAUAAUCUUGAUAAGCAAUCAUUUGGUAUGGAUGACAAAGCAACUUACAAUACAAAUUCAAUGUUUCCUAAGAGAGAUGACAAGAUUAAAAACAUUUCAGCAAUAUUCCAUGAUUUAGUAUCAUCUAUUGGGAAUUAUGACAUCAAAGAAGCGAGUCAACCACCUCCCGAACAUAAAACCGACACAUAUCAUCAUAUGGCUGACUAUACUGAAGAUAUUAAUUUUGGGCAAGGUCAAGUUGAAGUUGUGGAAGGUGAUGAAGAAACAUUGAUGAAAGCCACAACAAAAAUUCCUCUUGUAACUUUGCUGCCCGUAAAAUCAAACUCAGGUGUUGGAAAACCUCUUCGGAAAAGACCAUUCCGAAGGAACCAAACAGAGUCCGAUGAGGAUACAAGAAGUUUUGGAGAUGUUAUUCCUUUAGGAGAUAUUGACAUUCGUUCCGAUGCGACUGGAAAGAUGGCCAAGAGUCCAAUUGAAGAUUUCAAAAUAGUUGGUAUGCUCAAAUUUGCCCCAGAAAUAGAUGAUAGCUCUUCUGCGGAAUAUGUGAGAAAAGCUAAAAUGGAAACUUCGACUAAACUCCCAAACCAUGAUCAAUUUCUCAGUGAGUUUAUCAGUCACAAUUUCAAUUUAUCAGGUUCUAUUGAACAUCAGCCUAACAAACUAACUCCAGAAAAACUGAAACUUCUUUCUGAAAUAAGCAAAAUAUACAAUAUGAAUGAUUCUCAAAUUCCACCACAGUCAGUAAUUUCAACGAAAGCUGUGAGGCCAAUAUACGGAGUCAAUAAUUUUGGCUUCAAAAUUUCCAGUAAGUACUUGAACAAAGUUUUGGUAGAUGAAAAGCAAGAACUCUUAACGAACAAUCAUACAAUGCAGAACUGUACAGAAGAACAUAUUAUUUGUGGAGAUGGCAAAUGCCUCAUGAAGAGCUCUAGAUGUAAUUACUUGAAAGAAUGCUCUGAUGGGUUAGAUGAAGAAAAUUGUACAUGUGCAGAUUACUUACGAACUCUAUACUUCAACAAAAAAAUCUGUGAUGGAAUAAUCGAUUGCUGGGAUUUCUCAGACGAGAACAAUUGUGACUGGUGCCAUCAAGGACAACACAUAUGUUCAAAUGCUAAAGUUUGUGUAGACAAAAAUAAAAUUUGUGAUGGAAUCAAAGACUGUCCCGAAGGUGAUGAUGAACGGCAAUGUGUUAGUAUAAGAAACAAUUUUACAGAGGCCGAAACUUUCCCAUAUCAUAAUACAGGGUACUUAAUGGUGAGGAAGCAUGGUUUGUGGGGUAAACUAUGUGUCGAUAACUUGAAAAAUAUUUCUGGAGAGAACAUAUCCGUUUCUCUGCAUACCGAGAAAUUAGGAGAACAAUUCUGCUCUGAUCUAUCUUAUAGGAAUAUGUCUUCGGUUCAAACGUUGGUGGAAGAUACUGAUAAUGGCCAAGAGAAGUUUUAUGAGCUGGUGAAUGCCGAUAAGAAGGAUAAUGACAGUUCCUGGACUUUUUCUGAGAGCACUUGUCCCCAAAAGAAUAUUCUAAAAGUCAGUUGCCAAUCCCUAGAAUGUGGUUUUCGUCCCAAGAUAGUUCGAUACAGAGCCAGGAUUGUUGGAGGUAAAAAUGCUGGAAUGGGGUCUUGGCCUUGGCAGGCAGCAUUAUAUAAAGAAGGAGAAUUCCAAUGUGGAGGUUCUCUCAUUUCUGAUAAAUGGCUGAUAUCGGCAGGUCACUGUUUUUACAAAUCCCAACGAGAAUAUUGGGUGGCUCGGCUAGGUGCUCUCCGAAGAAGCACAGCUUUACCAUCCCCUUACGAGCAAAUAAACCCACUCCAAAAGAUCUUCAUACAUCCAGGCUACGAACAUAAUGGAUUUGUAAAUGAUAUUGCCCUAUUGAAGCUGAGAAACCCUGCAAGAUUCAGUGAUUAUGUACGACCAGUAUGUCUACCCAAAGCUGAAGAAUCGUUGGAAGACGAUGUUCAAUGCACUAUCCUAGGUUGGGGGCAGUUGUCUGAAGUAGGAAGAAUUUUCCAUACUUUACAAGAGGUGCAGGUUCCUGUGAUUUCAACGGAAGAAUGUAGAAAACGAACAAUAUUUCUCCCCUUAUAUAAUAUAACGGAGGAAAUGUUUUGUGCUGGAUACGAUAGGGGUGGAAGAGAUGCUUGUCUCGGAGAUUCAGGGGGGCCAUUUAUAUGCCCAGAGGAGAGUGGAAGAUGGGUGAUACAAGGGAUUACAAGUAAUGGAUAUGGUUGUGCAAGAGCAAAUCGACCAGGCGUAUACACAAAGGUUUCUAGCUAUAUAAAUUGGAUUCAAGGAUAUUUGGAUCUAGAAGAAUCAAAUCCUUUAUUAGAACAAAAGGAAAAUGAAUGUACUGGUCAUCGUUGCCCGUUAGGCCAAUGUCUUCCGAGGAGUCAAGUUUGUAAUGGCUAUACUGAAUGCAACGAUGGUAGUGACGAAGCGAAUUGUUAGGAAAGAGUACGAAACUUUCUGAUGAAUGUAGAAUUUGGACAAGGGAGUAAUUUUAACACAUCAUGGAAAUAUUUUGUAUCAGAAAUGAAUCCUCAAUUUAGCUAAUGGAUCAUUACUUAAAAAUUACCAUCAUCUUAUUAUAUGAUAAAAAAGUGCUGCUGGUUCAGUGAAUGUUGCUCCUCCAAAUUUAUUUAUUUUUCAGUUAUGGCAUGGUGUGGGUUGAAAAAAAUUAUAUGCAACAUUCAUGGAAUCAUCCGUAUCGUUGACAAAUGUGAUAAUUGAAACAAAUAUCAACUGAAUAAAUAAAUUCGGUCCUA